GGCGUAGCAGCAUCCCAUAAGAUUUUCAUCAAAACUAGUUUUGAAGGUUUGUUAUUGUAUACAGACAGACUUUUAAAUUCAAAAGAUUUAACAAUACUAAAACCUCCGGUUGAGCUAGAGGGUUGAUAUCUUAACGACGCCGUUUAAGUACUUGGAUCAGUACCGGCCGUCUUCUAUCUGAAUCGAUUUUUGGGAUCUCCAAGAGAAAGAAGACGAGAAACCUGUGAAACCCAAAAGAAAAAAAAACAUCGAAGAAAGGAAAAUGGCAGGACGAUUGAGCGGUGUGGCUUCACGGAUCAUGGGUGGAAACGGCGUUGUUGCCAGAUCCGCCGCCUCUUCUCUCCGCCAACGCGCCGGCAUGGGUCUCCCUGUCGGCAAACACAUCGUCCCCGAUAAGCCGCUUUCGGUUAACGACGAGCUGAUGUGGGACAACGGGACUGCGUUUCCAGAGCCUUGCAUAGAUCGGAUUGCUGAUACCGUCGGGAAGUACGAAGCAUUGGGAUGGUUGUGUGGCGGUUUAGGGUUCUUUGCGACUCUGGGUCUGCUCGCUGUUUUGAACGAUAAAGCUUCAAAGGUUCCAUUUACACCACGAGUGUAUCCGUAUGACAACCUCAGAGUGGAGCUUGGAGGAGAGCCAUAGAGACCUAUCAAGUGAUCUGCUCAUCAAACUCAAGCGUGUUUUCUUCACUGCUCUGUUCUUCAAAAUGUUUUUAUUUUCUGCUCAGAACUUGAAGACAAAAGAAUAAGAGAGACUUUUGGUUUUAUUACGUGUUGUCUCUGUAAUUAACAGUGACCAUUUGGGUAUGCAUAAGAGAAAGACAUCUGUUUCAGCAAAUCUAAAAA